CAGUUUCAAGAUAUCUUCAACAUGUCCUCAUAUUCGGGAGGGUGGAGGGGAAUGCUAUAUUGACAACUGGUAUCAGAAGAAAAAUGUGCAAAUAAAUGACAUGAGCAGGCAGAAUUAUUUAAAGUUGUUACUGUGGUGACUAUUUAUAGUAAAAGUUGUGGUUAUCUUUUCAGAAACACCAAUAUCCAGGGAGAAAAAGAAUGUUAAGAAAAAACAAAAUGUUAAUUUUUAAAUACUUUCUUAAUCUCAUUAAUGGAGCCUUCUUGGUUCUUGGACUUUUACUCAUGGGAUUUGGUGCAUGGUUCUUAUUGGAUAGAAAUAAUUUUUUCACAGCUUUGGAUGAAAAUAAUCACUUGAUAGUAUAUAUUUGUCACAUUUUGAUUGGAACUGGAUCUGCUAUUGUUCUUCUUUGUCUCUUGGGUUAUUUGGGAAUUCACAGUGAAAUCAGAUGGCUCCUACUUCUGUACACAGCACUGUUAAUGUGGGCCUUUGGUGUUCAGGUUGUACUUUCAACAUUCAUCUUCAUAAAGAAAAAGGAGGUUCACCAAGUAUGGCAUGAUAAAAUUGACUUAAUCAUUACUGAAUAUGGAUCUAAAGACAUGCCUGAAGACAUACCCAAAUGGAUUAUUCUGAAUGCUUUACAGAAAACAUUGCAGUGUUGUGGCCAGUACAAUUACACAGAUUGGAUAAAGAAUACAAAUAAAGAAAAUUCAGAACAGGUGCCAUGUUCUUGCACAAAUUCUACAUUAAGGAAGUGGUUUUGUGAUGAGCCCCUGAAUGCAACUUACCUGGAGGGCUGUGAAAAUAAAAUCAACACAUGGUAUAGUGGUAAUGCUUUAACAUUAAUUGGAAUUAACUUUGGACUUUUGGCUUCAGAGGUUUUGCAAAUCUUAUUAACUGUUUCUUUCUUCAGACACAUCAAGAAUAGAAUAUAUGCAGGAGUGUGAUCUUUGCAUUUUAAUUUGCCCAGAAGAAACCAGCUAAUUCUCAAAAUAAUCACAUCAUGUUCUUUUACUCCUCCCCACCAAAAAAAGUUUUGAAUUACAUUAGUUAAAUUUAGGACUUAUUCAGGUCAUUGGUUAUAUGUAACAUAGAAUUAUUGAGUAUUGUAAUAAAUCGAUCCAUGAAAUUCUUAUUAAUUUUGUUUUUCAAAAUAUCAAAUUCUGCAGUUCAGAACUUUACCUUGAGUUAUUUUCUGAAUUCAGAGGAUAUCAUCAUAUAUACUGAAUUCAAAAUGUGAUGAAGUAUCGCCGUGUUUUGAGUUUCUUUUGUAGAAAAAAUACCUACAUGAUAUUCAGAAAACAUUAAGUAAGCAAUGAUAACAUGUACCUUACAUUUGCAAAUUUUAAGAAAACAACACUGAUUUGUGGGAGAUUUAAAAGAAAGAUUGAGGGGCACCUGGGUGGCUCAGUCGUUAAGCGUCUGCCUUCAGCUCAGGUCAUGAUCCCAGAGUCCCGGGAUCGAGUCCCGCAUUGGGCUCACUGCUCCCCGGGAAGCCUGCUUCUCCCUCUCCUACUCCCCCUGCAUGUGUUCCCUCUCUCGCUAUGUCUCUCUCUGUCAAAUAAAUAAAACCUAAAAAAAAAAAAAGAUUUAUUUAAAAAAAUAAAAAUAAAAGAAAGAUUGAAAAUCAUG